GAUCAGCUUUCCACCAAAAAGACGAGAGACAGCCUACUCGGGCCCACGCAGUCGGGCGUCACGGUUUUACCCGACCCGAGAAAACUUUCAGUGGUCGGGAGAGAUUACUCUCAGUUCUUCUCGUUCUUCUUUCACUCGGUUUGCUCUGUGGUUACUUUCCGACGUUCUGUCUCGAACUUUCGAUCCUUGCCCGUGUCUCUCGCCGUCUCCGAUCAAAUCACUCACUCACUUACUCGCGCAAUCGAGGAAGUUAACUCUCCGGCGAGAAUCAUUUUUGCCGCCUUCUCUUUCCCGCCCUUCUGCUUCCAUGUGCGCCAUUCGUUCAACCUUCUUUGACUCCUGCUUUCCAUUUCGGGUUUGGAGCUCCAUUCGCUGUUCGCUAUGUUUUGUUUGUAAGUUUUUGAAGUUAGUAUAGUGCAAUCAUUUGCAGCUGAAGCAAAGAUUCGAAGAUGUUGUGGGUGGACAAGUACAGACCCAAAACCCUAGAGCAAGUGAUCGUUCAUGAAGACAUCGCCCAAAACCUCAAGAAACUUGUUGCCGAGCAGGAUUGCCCUCAUCUACUCUUCUAUGGCCCGUCUGGUUCUGGGAAGAAAACUCUGAUCAUGGGUUUGCUCCGUCAAAUAUACGGCCCCGGCGUUGAAAAGGUGAAGGUGGAGAAUAGGACUUGGAAAGUUGAUGCUGGCAAUAGAACAAUUGAUCUCGAGUUGACUACAUUAUCAACUGCAAACCAUGUGGAAUUAAGUCCCAGUGAUGCGGGAUUCCAGGAUAGAUAUGUUGUGCAGGAUGUUAUCAAAGAGAUGGCUAGGAAUAGGCCAAUUGACUCAAAAGGAAAGAAAACAUACAAAGUGGUUGUGCUUAAUGAGGUUGACAAGCUUUCCAGAGAGGCCCAACAUUCUCUACGAAGAACUAUGGAGAAAUAUAGCACUUCCUGCCGGCUAAUUCUCUGUUGUAACAGUUCUUCGAAGGUUACUGAGGCUAUUCGGUCCCGUUGUCUGAAUGUUCGAAUAAAUGCUCCUGCACAGGAACAGAUAGUUAGGGUUCUGGACUUCAUCGGGAAGAAAGAAGGGCUGGAAAUUCCACCUGGAUUUACUGCUCGUAUUGCUGAAAAAUCAAAUAGAAGUUUAAGGAGAGCCAUACUCUCAUUUGAGACUUGUCGGGUUCAACAGUACCCUUUCAAAAAUAAUCAAGAAAUCUCUUCAUUGGAGUGGGAAGAUUAUGUUUCCACCAUAUCUUCUGACAUAAUGAAGGAGCAGAGUCCUAAAAGAUUGUUCGAGGUUCGAGGAAAGUUGUAUGAACUACUUGUCAACUGUAUUCCUCCUGAGAUUUUGUUGAAGAGACUUCUCUUUGAGUUACUGAAGAAACUGGAUGAUGAUUUGAAGCAUGACGUCUGUCACUGGGCUGCAUAUUAUGAACAUAGAAUGCGAUUGGGGCAGAAAGCCAUAUUUCAUCUCGAAGCAUUUGUGGCAAAGUUUAUGAGCAUAUACAAGUCUUUCCUGGUGUCGACUUUGAUGAUGUGAAGUUGUGCAGAUCUAUCAACUUCGGGCGUAGAAAGAUUCCUUUGAGAGCUAUUAGGAUUUUGCAUAUGUUGUAAUUCUCACAUCCUCUCCUCACUCUUGGUGCUUUACUGCUUUCUAUGUUGUAAUCCUCACCUCGCCCUUGUGCAUGUCCUUCCUGCCAAGUGAGCUUUGCAACUUUCUGCAAGGGUGCUCCUCUGUAGGGUAAGUUCACACUCUGAGUUUUGAUUAAAACAAAAGCUAAACUGCGUAGCAUACUACCAUUCUCAUGCAUGGCUGUAGAGAGAGGUGAAGCAAUGGUUCUGUUAAUUUGUACAUGGGCAGUUGAUGUCGAUCCAGAUAAAAAAUAAAGGAGAUAGAAGAUCAAAAUCAUCUGCUAACCAUAUGAUAUGAACAGAAAAUGGUGAAAAAUACCUGGAUGAAAGCUGCAUGCUUGGAU